AUGACCGCUAAGAAUCCACGUAUUAUCGCUCUUUUUGAUGUGGAUGGUACACUUACUAUUGCUCGUAAGACUGCGACAUCUGAGAUGAUCACACGACUACAAAAACUACGCAAAAACAUUACAAUUGGCGUCGUAGGUGGCUCAGAUCUCGUGAAGCAAAAAGAACAACUGGGUGAAGAUGUGAUUAAUAACUUUGACUACAGCUUUUCGGAGAAUGGUCUGGUGGCUUAUCACAAUGGAAAACUCGAGGGGGAGACGACCCUCAAGAGUCAGUUCACGAACUUACAGAUCAACCGUUUGGUCAACUUUUGCCUGCACUAUAUUGCAGACCUGGACAUUCCCGUGAAGCGUGGGACGUUUGUGGAAUUCCGCAUGGGAAUGAUCAAUGUGUCGCCCAUUGGCCGCAAUUGCUCACAGGAGGAGCGUGAUGAGUUUGAAAAGUACGAUCACAUCCACAAGAUCCGUGAAACCUUUGUGGAAAGGCUUCGGGACGAAUUUCUCGACUACAACCUGACCUUUUCCAUUGGUGGACAGAUAUCCUUCGACGUGUUUCCGAAAGGUUGGGAUAAGACCUUUUGUCUCCGUUAUCUAGAUGCAAAGGACUAUGACGAGAUUCACUUCUUUGGCGACAAGACUAACAAGGGUGGCAAUGAUUACGAGAUCUACACGAGCGAGCGCACCAUUGGCCACUCCGUUAAGAACCCCGAAGAGACUAUCCAGAUCCUGGACCAGCUCUUUCCUUAG